CGCAAAUCACACGCAACGCCAUAAGUGUAUGUCUGCACUGCACCUUACCACACAAGCACGGCCACUUGUCACUCUUGAAGGGUUCGAUCCGCAGGGCAUCCGUGAGCACAGCCAAUUACUGGCUGAUCUAUUAAAAGUCCUUACGACGAGAAAGGCAGCCUUGCGCCCGCCAUGUUAACAUUGCAUUUCACAUGUGGCCAUUCUCUGACGAAAGGUAACAUUCUUGUGAGGGUUGGUUGAAUAGCCUCCAGUUCUGAAGGACGAGGGAUUACGUCACCCCACUUCCUGGCGAUCGUGAACUCGAAGACUCACCACCGAGAAACUUCUACCAUUCACACCACAGUUAGAUCUUAACAUCAACAUUUUCGCCUGCAGCAAUCAAACUCCACCAUCACAGCUGGAUCGUUGACGCCCAUGCUAAGACGCAUCGCCGUCCGUCCUCGCAAAGCAAUACACCUCUCUAUUCGACCAUCAGCAUCACCUCUGCGAGCAUCAACACCCCCAAUCAGCAAGAUGCUCCACUCCGCCUCAACCCCAGUAUCAGCAGACACUUCAUCCAAGAAGAUCUUCGCCCCGACUUCAAACUCGGAAGACCCCGGCCACGCCACGCAAUACACAAAAGGCGCACUGGACCGCAGCGACCUCCUUCCCUCGCCUACCGACCAGUUUCACGCCUGGUUCUCCUCAGCAUCCGAAUCCGGCGUCUAUCAACCCGAAACCGUAACCUUGAGCACGUGCUCGCUGCCCUCGGGCAAAGUCUCAGCACGCAUGGUCUACAUGAAAGAGCUGGACAGCCGCGGCUUCGUCAUCUACUCCAACUGGGACACGUCCCGGAAAGCCGCCGAUGUAGCUAGUAACCCGCACGCGGCGCUCACAUUCUGGUGGCGCGAGUUGGAGCGGCAAGUCCGCGUUGAGGGACGCGUCGAGCGCCUGACGAGCGAGGAGAGCCAGGUGUACUACGACACGCGGAUCCGGGGGAGCAGGAUUGGCGCGUGGGCGAGUCAGCAGAGCAAGGUGCUGCAGGGGCGUGAGGAGCUGGAAAAAAGGGUGGACGACGUGGAGAAGAGGUUUGAGGGGCGUGAUGAGAUUCCUGUGCCGGAGUUUUGGGGCGGCCUAAGGGUUGUGCCAGAGGUUAUGGAGUUCUGGCAGGGCAGGCCGAGUCGGUUGCAUGAUCGGUUUAGGUAUGAGUGGGUGGAGAAAGAGGAUGGUGAUGGGGAGUGGAAGAUUGACAGAUUGAGCCCGUAAUGUGAACAAGAUCAUAGGGAUUGAGAUGGAAUAGGGAAAUUAUAUUCUGAUUCUUUUGCGAAUCUUGAUAGGAAUCACAAACGCUAGUACAACGCCAAUGCAG